AAAAUCACUCCCCUAAAAAGCUCAAUCUCAUCUCCAUAAACAAAAAUGGCGUUUUACGCAGAUGAAGAUGAAAUAUGGAAAUGUACACAACAUCCUUGUAAACGUCAUCGUACGGGAGUUUGUCCUCUUUGUCUUAAACAACGCUUAUCUGAACUCUGUCCAGAAUGUGCUAGCGUACGCCCUUGCUCAUGUUACGCAACAACUUCUUCAUCUUCUUCAGCAUCUUCCUCAUUCUCUUUUCAUUUCUCCGAUAUUAAUCGGAUCUCAAAUCUAAUCGAGAACGAACCUCCUUUCCAACGGUCUAGAUCUUCCGCUUUUCCUUUCUUCCGCUCCGCUAGAUUCUCCAACGUUGAUGAUAAAAAUUCGGCGGAAAAACUCGCCGGUAAAUCCUCAUUCUGGUCGGUUUUCUUGUGGCAGAAAAAACAACCUAGAACAGAGAAUAUUGAAGCGGAAAUGAAAAGGUCAAGAUCUGUGUCGGUCGUUGUCACCGGGAAUGAAGUUAGAUCUUCAAAAACUGGCAAAGGAUGGUAUUUUCCGAGUCCGAUGAAGGUUUUCCGGCAGUCGAAUAGAACUCCGAAAUUUGUACAUGAACGAUCUCCGUUGCAUCGAGGUUGAAUUUUGAAAUUUUUUACUGGUUUUUUGUUUUGGAAUUGAAGUUUAUUUUGGUAAUCGUGUAAAGUUGUCUUUUCAUUUCGUGGUAAGGAUUAAGGAAGAGAAUAUUGUAGAAGGGAUAGGUAAAAAAAGUUUAUUUUGGAUGUAAAAUGUUAAUAUUGGAAAUACUCCACUUUUCUAUAAAAAUGGAAUGAAUAAUAGUAAGAUUAAAAAUUUGUGUUUCUUAUUGCAUAAGAAUUUGAAUUUAUUUUUAUUGAUUUUCUAUUCCAUUUACUUAAAAAGAAUUAAUGAUUUUUCCUAAUUUAAAUUUCGUAAUUAAUUGACUUAAAUGAGAUACAUAAAUGUAGAAAGUAUUGCAAUUCAAUGGAGUAAUGAAUAUGUUAAUUAAUUAGUGUUAAUUGGUGGUUGAGGUUGAGAAUCUAACUUUAAGAAGUUUAAGAGAUGGGUUGAUGAAAUUUUAAUUCAUUUAGUUAUAAGUGGAAUACUACAAGUCUACAAGUAUGGUCCAUCUAUAAAGUAGAUCAAAUUUUAAUUUAGUUUCAUUGGUUGAGAUAUGAGGAUUUGUUAAUUCAUGAUAAUUAUUAUGCGGUUAAUAUAGUUUAGUUUUAUCAUAGUUGAAGUGACUUUUUUAUGA